ACAACAUAUACACACACACACGUAGUUUCGCACCCUUAUCAUGACGAGAAAGGUGGUCGUUAGGGUUCCCAACAUGAACAACAACCCCAAGUGCCGUACCAAAGCCUUGACGAUCGCAGUUUCUGUUGCAAGGGUUGAGUCGGUGACUAUAAUGGAAGAGAAGAACGAGAUAGCGGUGACCGGCGAAGGGAUCGACGCUGUGACGCUGGCGUGCUUGUUGAGGAAAAAAGUGGGAUUUGCCGACGUCUUGAGCGUCGCCGAUGUUAAACCCGACAAGAAGACCGAACCUUCUAGCGACGGAAGUGGAGCAUUAGCGACGAGAAAUAAUAGUGGGCCGGCGAUUGAUUGGAGAGACGGUGCUAAUUGCUAUUAUAAUUAUGUGUAUGGUCAUCCACAUAAUUGCCCGUACCAUCACCCUUACUAAAUACGCACACAUAUACAGUUAUACAACUACCAAUAUAUAUAAGAAUUAAUCCGUAUAUAUAUAUAUGCUCCUAAUGAGGAUGCGCAAACCGCUUUUGCUAUCGAAUCGUGGAGUCGGAUUCAAAGCUCGCCAUAUCGAGAAUAUAUAGUCAAGCAGUGUACGUACAAAUUCGGUCCAUCUGUACGCCACGUAUUUUUCGUAUUCAUCGUCAGACGCGAGCUGUUGGAUGGUAAGUAAUUACUAGCUCAAAAAAUUGGCCUAUAGAUCCUCAGCUAUCAUAUGUACCGAAAGGUGAAUAAAAUCGUGAAUUGACUCUCGCGAAGCACAAUACUGAUCUUGCUCGCCUCUGUAAUAGCAUGAGAUUGCGGACCUGCCAUAUGAGUCAUGCAGCAUCACGAAGGGAGAGAGUUGUCCAGCAAUAUCUUGUGUAACUCUCCCCUAUCUCUAGGUAAUUUCUUAUCAUGGAUUUAUAGUGUGAUUAAGCAUUAUGUUUGUAAUUAAAUGAUGAACAUGAAUAAUGAUUGAGG